UUUACACUGCUGUUAUGAAAAGCAGCCGCAGCCCGACAUGUGAAUGAGAGCAUUCUUCUGUGCGGGUGACCAAUUACUUUUCUUCACUCAGUGGUCCAUGUUGGACGCGUUAGCAAGGCGCGCCCACUGCAGUUCUCCUCCCAACGGAGAUGGUUUGGAUGGACUCACGGAAAGACUGCACAUGCCGCAGAAAGAGUUUUGCAGCGGAGUGGGGAAGUGAGUGACGAGGCCCAGCCAAACGGAGCUAAACGGCUAAACGUUAGCAGUCACGUUCACCGGGGAGCUGUCGGUGUUUUCAUCCACAUACUCAUACAUGGGAGCGCUGCACUUUUAGAUGUUGACACACCCAGUCCUAACUUCAACACAGGAACUGGAUGAUCAGAAAGAGGCACAGGACAAGUGGAUCCCUCUGGGUAACAACCCAGCAUAAUCAGUGUGUGAGAUAGCAUCCCCACAGAGGUUACAGCCCUGCAACAAUGGAUGACUCCGGCGAGGACUAUGGGAACUACACCUAUGAAUACUACCUGGAGUACGGAGACCUAGAGGAACUUAAAGUGGACCACAGGCAGAGGGAAACCAUGCACAUCAUCUCAGUGGUCAUCUACAUUAUUUCCUUUGUGCUUGGUCUGAUUGGAAACGGAACUGUUAUUUGGGUGACAGCGUUUAAAAGCAAAAAGACAGUCAACAGUGUUUGGUUGCUCAAUCUAGCCAUGGCAGACUUUGUAUUUGUGCUUUUUCUCCCCUUCUACAUUGAUUACAUACUGCAGGACUUCCACUGGGACUUUGGUUUGGUCAUGUGUAAGCUCAACUCAUUUGUGUCUGUGAUGAACAUGUAUGCCAGUGUGCUCUUUCUCACAAUGCUCAGUGUAGACAGAUAUGUUUCUCUGGUCCACCUCAACUGGUCUCAGAAGUAUCGCACAAAAGAGAGGGCCUGGGUGGUCUGUGGUUGCAUAUGGGGGCUGGCUGCUGCCUUGAGCUGUCCUGCGCUGAUCUUUCGUGACACCAUGCGCCUCCACGACAAGGUGGUGUGCUUUAACAACUUCCACACACAGGAUGGCCACACGGCGGCUCUGAGACACAUUAUGAUAGUGGUCAUUCGUACCACUGUUGGCUUCUUGUUGCCUUUUACUGCCAUAUGUGUGACUGGUAUACUUCUGACAAUCAAAGUCAAUCAAUCUGGCGGCUUGGUUCAGUUGUCCAGCUUCUCCAGGACAGUCUCUGCAGUACUGCUGGCCUUCUUUUUAUGCUGGACACCUUUCCAUGCUUUUAGCUUGAUGGAGUUAUCAAUACAUUCCUCAUUAUAUCUACACAACAUACUAAAAGCUGGCUUCCCUCUUGCCACCAGUUUAGGCUUUUUUAACAGCUGCAUUAACCCCCUCCUGUACCUGCUCCUGGGCAAAAAGGUGCGUCAUAUCCUGAAGCGUGCAUGCCUGGACAUGACUAAGAGUUCACUGAGAGAGCUCAGCCAGUCAAUCUCUGCCACCGAGAUGGAGUCUGUGCCAGGGGUUCACCAGGACAGUGUGCCAGAGGAGCCCAUGGAGUCAUCAACUCUAUGAUUACAACCAUCCUCAGACUAGUCCAUG